AGAGAGGAAAAGAUAGAGAGAGAGAGAGAGAAAGAGCAAAGGCAAGGGAGGAGAGAGGCCAUCACCAAAGCAAGGGUAGUAAUAGCAGAACAAGAAGAAGUACAACUCGGAGAGCUCCGUUAAGAGUGUUCAUGUUCGUCUAUUGAGGUGCAGAUUACGAUGUUAUGACGGCUGGAGCUUCAGAAACCCAUAAUUCGAAUAGUUCCCUCGACAACUCGGCUACCGAUAGGUACGGGAUGGCAUCAGUGUCCUCUUCCAACCAAUAUGAAAUCCCCCAUGAGCUCCAGGAAGUGCUUCUUGACUUCACCGUACAAUAUCUGAUUGAGCGGCCAGAUGACCUCACAGAAUUCGCAUUCCACUAUUUCUCGAGGUUGAAACGCAAGAAAAAUCAGGAACUGGAUCACCAAUCAGACGAGUCUAUGGUCUCCGAAGACGAACAAGAUGAGGACCAAAUGGCAGCUUACCAAGCCAGGGCGAGAAGAAAGAGUGUCUUCGCCGAGGCUUACAAUCCAGAAGAAGAUGAGGACGAUGACAAACAGGUGAUCCUUCAUCCGAAAACGGACACACAAAGACGAACUCUCAAUGCAGCCGUGGCCAACAUAUUGCUAUUCCGAUCGUUGGACCAAGAGCAAAAGACCGAGGUCAUCGACGCCAUGUUCGAAAAGGAUGUGACAGCGGGCGAGAAUGUCAUUACGCAGGGUGCCGAUGGCGAUAAUUUCUACAUUAUAGAAAGAGGCUUUUUUGGGAUUUACGUUGAAAUCGAUGGUGUUGAUAAACAGGUGGGAAACUACGACAAUACGGGGAGCUUUGGGGAAUUGGCACUCAUGUAUAACAUGCCUCGAGCAGCCACCAUCAAGGCCAUCACCGACGGUGUCCUUUGGGCUAUGGAUCGUACCACGUUUAGGCGGAUCGUUUUAAAAUCAGCGUUCCAAAAGAGGAAAAUGUACGAAACCCUGUUGGAAAGUGUUCACAUCCUAAAAUCACUCUCAUCGUACGAAAGAAUGAACUUAGCGGAUGCUUUGGUUUCCAAAACUUUUGAAAACGGGAAAACAAUCAUGCGUCAAGGUGACAAUGCCGAUGGAAUGUAUUUUGUAGAAGAUGGCGAAGUCAUCGUGAGGAUGACUGGUGAAGAUGACUUGGACCGAGAGAUCAAAGUCAUUUCGAAAGGAGGCUACUUUGGCGAAUUGGGUCUAUUGAAUCAGCAACUCAGAGCAGCCAGUAUUCUUGCCAAGGGAAAGGUCAAAGUGGCUUUUCUGGAUAAGCAAGCCUUCGAACGACUGCUCGGUCCCUGUAUGGAUGUCAUGAAGGAAAGGACGGAAGAUUACCAAGAGGAACUUGAAAAGAUAUUCCAAUCCACCGCUGCCAUCUCAAACACCCAUUAAAGCUGUACCACCACCACCAUCAUCAUCACCAUCAACACUAACAUCAACAUCAACACCAACAUCAACAUCAACAUCAACACCACACCUUCACCACCGCCGCCACUAUUAUAUCCUCCUCCAUCAAUAUCAACUAACCACAGGCAACCAAGAAGACGGAGAUCAUGCACGACCUCAAGAGAAUUCCGAUUUGCCGUUCCAAGUGAGUGCAACAACGCAUCAGAAAUUUCGCUCGACUCCAACUGUCAUUAAGUUGUUGUUGUUGCUGUUAUUGGAACAGCUCAGGGUCGAAACGAGAAAAAGACUUCCACAAUCUUUGGCAUCUUCUUAGUCUUCAGUGGUAGUCCCGUGUGUACAAUUAGCGCUAAUCAAGAUGUUAAUCGAUGUUUCCAUGUCUGAAAAGAUCAACUGUCCCAAGGGGAAACCGCACAUCCCUGGAAGUAGCAAGUGGUUUAGCUGAAUAUCCAUCUAUCUAAUAAAGAAAUCCCUAUCCUUAAAUGCCCCGUUUUGUUCCGGGGAUCGUCCUACAGUCAUCAAAUCAGACCCAGUGCUCUCUCUCUCUCUUCUUCUUGCUUUCUCCGACUGAAGAUGGAAGAAAAAUAAAUUCGCUCACUGCGGCCAAAUCAACCAACUAAUGAUCCGAAAUCGACCCAUCAUCUUGAUCAAAGACAACCGUGAUUUCUUUCCCCAUCUUAUUCCUGUUAUUACUUAGAUCGUUAUCCCCAAACAUAUCGGUUAUAUGAAUGGCAAAUGUAACCCUCAAUGAUCCCGCCCCAUUCCCUUCCGUUUUCAUAUAAAAAGGCUAAGACUGCUUCAAAUACGAUGAUGAUGACGACGAAACCAACAAGAGCGUUUAUGUGAGAUCAUAUGUCAAGAUAUGCCUAAAUACAUACAAGGACAAAUGGAA